AGCUUAGCACCUUUUACAAGUCUGUCUGAGAGGCCAAGGCUACUAAUUCUUAGUGUUCCAUACUAAGGGAUUCUUUGACUAGGGAGUAAACAUGGGGAGGAGAACUACAUAUUUAGUCAUCCUUCAUAUUUCAUGGAUCUUAUGUGAAAAUGUCUUAUCUCUGCCUACACCAAGAGUUUUAGAAUAUGAUGUGGAUGGUGGAAGGGACAUGGACAUCUUUGAUAUCAAUGAAGAGGCUGGGUUAAACCUGGUGGAGGGGGAUAUUGAGCUUGAUGAGAAACAAGGCCGGAAUUCUAUAAUAGGGGAUCAAUACAGAUGGCCAAAGACUGUUCCCUACUACUUUGAGGAUGACUUGGAGAUAAAUGCAAAAGGUGUUAUCCUGAAGGCCUUUGAACAGUACCGACUGAAGACCUGUAUCGACUUCAACCCUUGGGAGGGAGAGCAGAACUACAUUUCCAUUUUCAAAGGAAGCGGUUGUUUCUCCUCUGUGGGUAACCAACAUGUGGGGAAACAGAGGUUGUCCAUCGGGACCAAUUGUGACCGCAUUGCGACCAUCGAACACGAAUUCCUCCAUGCACUGGGUUUCUGGCAUGAGCAGUCACGGUCGGACCGCGAUGACUACGUCACCAUCCUGUGGGACCACAUCUCUGAGGGUAAGGAACACAACUUCAACACGUACAAUGACACCAUGUCCAGUUCUCUGGGUGUCCCCUACGACUACGGUUCCAUGAUGCACUACAGUAAGACUGCGUUCAGGAACGGUACCGAGCCUACAAUCGUCACCAAGAUCCCCGCCUUCGCUGAUGUCAUCGGUCAGCGCAUGGAGUUCAGUGAUAAUGACUUGCUCAAGCUACGGCGCCUCUACAACUGCACACGCUCCUCCACUUUCCUGGACACCUGCGACUUUGAGAGGGAGAACAUCUGUGGUAUGAUCCAGGGGCCGGGGGACCAGGCAGAAUGGACAAGGGUGACCCAGGCACCUGGCGGGCCCAACACGGACUACUCCAACAUGGGCAAAUGCACGGGCUCAGGCUACUUCAUGCACUUGAGCACUGCCACAGGCAGACCAGCAGACACAGCCAGGCUGGAGAGCAGACUGCUCUACCCCAAGAGAAGCUACCAGUGCCUGCAGUUUUUCCUCUACAAUGGUGGUGGCGCCAACGAUCAGCUGGUGAUCCUUGUCCGAGAGUACGAUAAAGCCCACCCCAACGGAACCCUGCGUGUUAUUCAGCCCAUAGUUGCACCACCUCAAGACCUAUGGCACCUGCACCAUGUGAGCCUGAACGUGGUCAAGAAGUUCCGGGUGGUGUUCGAGGGCAUCAAGGGCGACGCCCCCUCCACAGGUGGUCUCUCCCUGGACGACAUCAACCUCUCUGAGACUACCUGCCCCGACCACGUGUGGCGGGUGAAGAACUUCAGCCACAUCAUGGAGACCACUCCUAACGACAAACCCAUCUACAGCCCCCCGUUCAAGUCCAGAGAGGGCUACACCUUCCAGAUGGGGCUCUACCCUAGUGGGAAGGAGGGCUAUGCGGGGGAGCUUUCUGCCUACGCCCACCUGGUGACCAUGACCGGUGACACAGAAGUGCGGAAGUGGCCGUGUCCGUGGAAACAGAUGACCAUGAUGCUGUUCGAUCAGAACCCAGACAUCAUGAGGCGUAUGAACAACCAGCGCAGUGUCACCACCGAUCCUACUAAGAAACUCAGUGAGACUUCAGAACUGUUCUUCUGGGAUGACCCUCGUAAGGUGGGCGUUGAAGUGUCAGCGGCGGACGGGACCAAAUAUUUCCGUGGGCCGGGUGCCGGGACAACCGCGUACCUCACCCAUGGCAGGGCCAAGAGCAGGGACUUCAUCAAGGGGGGAGACGCCAUCUUCCUGCUUACCAUGGAGGAUGUGUCACAUCUCACGGUGACCCAGCCCGUACCCUCCUCCACAUUGCCACCAGUCACCACGGUUACCACCGCCAUAUUGCCACCUACUGACCCCUGCACUAAGGUCACAUGUGGGAAUGAGGGCGUCUGUGUGGUGGAUGCUGGAAAUGCUGUCUGCAGGUGUGCAGUUGGUGACGACUGGUGGUACUACGGAGAGAGUUGUCAGUAUCAGGGUUCCACCCAGGACACGAUGACCACAGCGCUUAUAGCCUCUUUCUCUGUGCUGGGUGGCAUGUUGGUGGUGACUGCAGUCAGUGUGGUGUGUGUGAAGAGGAAAAACAAGAACAGUGGAGGUGGAGGGGACCGGGGCAUCACCAUGUCCAAUGUCACCAUCACAGGAAUGUAAUGUUUUCCCCUGCCAGAACCAAAUCUAUUCAUGGCCAGCAUUAAGUAGAUGAAGAAGUUAACUGCAAAAGCUACAACUCCUUCAAAUAUAAAAUUACAAAAGAUCUACUGGAAAUACCACUUAAAUGUCUCAUCCCAAUAAUUAUCUGCCUAUCAGCCAUGUAUUUUGAUCAGCCUGUUAAUUUGACAUGAUUUGUAGUUUCUUUGUGUAUGUAAAUCUCCAACUAUUUUCUUGUGCUAAAUUUUUGAAGUGUAUGUACAGUAUUGUUCAGGGCAUACGCUACAUUAGUGUUGCUGUCAUGGCAUUUUCAUAUCAGACUCUUAAUAGUUUUAAAUUGAGAUAAUUAUAUCUGAAAUGUUGAUGUUGUAGUCAUGGAAGGGAAGGCAUUAGGGGUAUAAAUAUAAUAAGUGGUUCUAGAGUUAGUCUGAUUUUGAAAUGAAUGAGAUGCUAAUAUAAACAUUUGACAAUAUUGACCUCUUCUGGUCAUAAGGUGCACAUACAUCUGAUUUUCAAAUUAGGACUCUAUUCAAUAAGUAGCACUGAAGUUCUGUGUUGUAGCCAGAUUGACAUUUAGAGGCAAUGUUUCCGCGUUAGUAGACACGACAUUCACGGUAAACGCUACAUGUCAGCUCAAUUGGAAAUUCCCUCUAAAUUUCAAGCGUGCUAUAGAGCCAAACUUCAGCUAUAGAGAUUGAAUAGAGCCCAAACUAGAGCUAUAGUAUGACACAUGUGCAACAAGAGAUUAUCCUGCAUUUCUGGAUAACAGUAAUGUAAAAAUGGUACAUUUGAAAUUGUAUUGUAAAGUCUAAUUGAAAGCUAUCAGCUAUACUUUAUGGCUGUUUUCGGGUUUAUAGGAACUUAAAAUUGUAUGACCUUAAUCUGCAAAAUACAAGUGGGUCAUACAUUGGAAAAGGGGAGGAAUACUGAGAGAAAUGAUUGUCUAAGUUUACACGUGUCAAACGCACACAGAGAGAAUUUAAAAUGUAACUGCAAAAUAUAAAAAUACCACUCGAACAACAAAGCUUACAAAUGGAAGAUUUAUUAUACCAAAGACAGGAACGUUUUGUGUGGUUUACUUUCCAUGUGGAUAAUAUAGCAUUUGUUUGCAUUACUGAACUGGACACAGUCAUGCCGGUGAUAGCAGUGGGACAGAAUACCGUGUGUGUGUGUGUGUGUGUUGUGAGCACAUUAGAGGGAGUGCUGACUAACCAAGAUGUAAGUAUCAACAGAACUGAAUGAAAAGAACCAUAGUGAAUUGUGUGCUCUUGUACUGUAUAACAGGGUGGGUGUACUGUGUAUGCACGUAUCUGUGUGUGUAUUGAACAUGUCUCUGAGUGUAUGUGUCUACGAGAAAAAGGUGAGAUCGGCGAAAUUAGGUCUGACCCACACCCCCUCUACACCACUAAAUCCAUCCACAAACAUACAGGUACACAGUUCCUUUAAAAGCAUCAGUAUUUCUCUUAUUUACAAUUCAUUGGGGGAAACAAAUCACAAUUUCUCUCAGAGAAGAUUAGUAAAAGUGACUAGGUCACCAUAAAGAGUAUGCAACUCCUAAGAGUUAGUCUUUCAAAUUUCUACAAAAAUGUCUAUGCCUUUUGUACAGGCCAAGAGCCAUGAUUUACUGAAGAAAUAGAGUUUUAUCAAGUGCCCCAUCUACAACAGUUAAGCGUGGUAUUAUUGGUGUGCACCAUUCAAAUGUAUUUCAUUGAUAAUAAAAAAGAUUGUUCUCCAUG